AUGGUCCGAGUGUCAGAGGGGCUGGGAUAUUAUGAGAAAAUCAAGGAGAGAUGUGGCAGCGGCAGAGAGGAGAAACACACCGCCUCACUGUCCUGCAGUCCUGGGCAGGAGAGGGAGAUGAAAGGUCUCCCCUUGAAAAAAAACUUGGCAGAAAUGGAGUUCCUUGGAGAAAGAUGGUUUUCAAUAAAGAUGAAAGAUGUAAGGAGGAUGGAGAAAAAGAAAUUAGAAGCUUCCGAUUAG